CAAACGCAUAAAACUCGCUUUUCGGGAUCUCAGUGGUCGGCGCAGCAUAACUUUUCAAAUUUCCAGGAGCAUAACCGACAAAAAGCCCCGCUCGAAUUUUGUUUACAAAAGAAGUGUCCCGGAAACUUCGGUUCCAGUUCCCGGUGUUUUAAGGUGUCUGCUGUGGUGUUUAUCGAGUAUCGUUCAACUUAAACUACCGGACGGGCGAAAUCAACAAUGGAAGACUUCCAGAAAAUAGAAAAGAUAGGUGAAGGCACGUACGGAGUGGUGUACAAGGGAAGGAACAAGGUUACCGGUCAAAUUGUGGCCAUGAAAAAAAUUCGACUGGAAUCGGAGGACGAGGGAAUUCCGUCGACAGCUAUCAGAGAAAUAUCUUUACUGAAAGAACUAAAGCAUCCCAACAUCGUUUGCCUUGAAGAUGUUCUGAUGGAAGAAAACCGGUUGUACCUGAUUUUCGAGUUUUUGUCAAUGGAUCUGAAAAAGUACAUGGAUACUCUUCCGCCGGAGAAGAUGAUGGAUUCGGAUUUGGUCAAAAGUUACAUGUACCAGAUAACGGCUGCUAUGUUGUUUUGUCACAAGAGGAGGGUGCUGCAUCGAGAUUUGAAACCGCAGAAUCUUCUGAUCAACAAGGAAGGUCUCAUCAAGGUAGCCGAUUUUGGUCUGGGUCGCUCCUUCAACAUUCCGGUAAGAAAUUAUACUCACGAAAUCGUCACACUGUGGUAUCGGGCGCCUGAAGUUCUUCUGGGCUCGCCACGAUACUCCUGCCCUGUAGAUAUCUGGUCGAUAGGAUGUAUAUUUGCGGAAAUGGCUACGAGAAAGCCGCUUUUCCAAGGCGAUUCGGAAAUCGAUCAAUUGUUUAGAAUGUUCCGUAUUCUGAAAACUCCAACCGAAGAAAUAUGGCCUGGAGUCACUUCGCUUCCGGAUUACAAGCCCACGUUCCCCUGUUGGACCCAAAAUAAUCUGAACUCGCAAGUUAAGAAUCUGAACUCCGCUGGCUUAGAUUUGCUUCAGAAAUGUCUAACUUACGAUCCAGUUCAUCGGAUUUCGGCUAAGAAAGUUCUCGAACAUAAAUACUUCGACGGGUUUGAUCGGCGGGGUGUUCCGACCGAUUGAACGAGACAGAUUCAAUCAAUUCCAAUGUAACUUAUUUUCAACACGAUGUAGCUGUAAAUGUUCGUUCCAUGACAUGGUAUUUUUUCAAUUUUUCACUUUACCCCUUCCACUUGUCGCGAAUGUCCCAAUCUGGCAGAAAAUUGAAACCGAAUCAACUAGGGUAUUUAUUUUCUCUUCUCCGUGUGAAGUUUGUAAAUAACGAAGUCGGAUAGGAAACGUUUUCCCACCCAAAGAAUUGAUUCUACAAGUCUGAGCUUGUUGGUAGCCCCUUUCUUUUCUAUUCGGUAUGAAGUUGGAACGGAGUGAUCUAAGUUUAGGGUUUUCAAUGAAGUCGCGUUGGUGUCUUAUAUAAUCCGCUCUCCAAAAAAUAAACUCAAGUUUAGAAUUAAUA